AUUUCUUGCUCUCUAACACCCCUGCAUGGCGAUUGGGUCUUUAUUCAUCAAAAUUUAGGAUUCCGUACCGCUAAUCCACCGAUCAACUGCCUUUCUACAAGAUGUGAUCCCGCAGUGCAUGUCACGUUUGUUUCCGAAGCCGGUUUUUAUAAAAGACUAUCGCCGAAUUCUUUUCAGGGGAAUUUUUGUGGUGUUUAUAGGGUUCCGGUGAGGCAUGAAGGGGACUUUGGAUCGAACCAAAGUGGUUAUCCGCCACUUGCCUCCGUCCAGUACGGAGGCCAUGCUUGUCGAACAAGUCGGUAGUGCCUUUGCUGACCGUUACAACUGGUUUUCUUUACGUCCAGGAAAUAUCAGUCAGAAGCAUCAGUUGUGUUCCAGACUAUACAUAGACUUCAAGAGCCCUGAGGAUGUCUUGGAGUUUGCUGAAUUCUUUAAUGGGCAUUUGUUUGUUAAUGAGAAAGGGGCCCAGUUCAAAACUAGUGUUGAGUAUGCACCUUUCCAACAAGUUCCAAAGCACUGUUACAAAAACGAUGGUCGUGAAGGGACAAUAUUCAAAGAUUCUGAGUAUUUGGAGUUCCUUGAAUUUCUUGCGAAGCCAGUUGAGAAUCUUCCUAGUGCAGAGAUACAAUUAGAGAGGAGGGAGGUGGAAAAAGUUGGUGCGCCAAAGGAUGCUUCCAUAGUUACACCUUUGAUGGAUUUUGUUAGACAGAAAAGAGCUGCUAAGGUUGGAUCACGAAGGUCACUGGCUAAUGAGAAACUUAGCAGAAGAGCUGGUGGACCAUCUUGUGGUGGUCCUAGUUCAGCAUCAUCGAAAAGAGGUUCUGAAAAGAGAGGUGGUUCUACUAAAAUGUGUGUUGUAAGGGAUAGCUUACAGAAUGUAAGUGGUAAAGACAAAUCAACGUACAUUCUGGUUUCUAAAAGGGAUGAGCAGCAACUUUCUGAUAAGCCUGUUACUUCCACAGUAUCUAUGGUAACUGAAGUAUCUGAAGAGGAAAGUGGAGCUUCCAGAGCUAUUGAUGCUGAUAAAAAGAAAGGACUGCUUCUGAAAGGGAAAGGGAAAGAGAAAGGAAUUUCUCAUGUGGCUGGAAGUAUGUUUCGUCAACAGAAAUUUACAUCUCCUAUUAAAACCAUACUUGGUUCAACUCCUAACAAACAGAACUCACAAUGUGAAGAUAGAGUGAUCAGAGGCAUAUUUUUGAACAAGGAUUCUCGUCGAAGUCAGUGUUCUGGGGUCCGGUCAGAGCAACGUAUUCAGACCUCAAAUUUAGAGGAGAGACAACCUCCUCAACAUUCACAGGUGAAGUUAGGUCUGAAGGAUGCUAGGGUUGCUUUAGAUGAUAAGGUUGCUGGGAAUGACUUGAAUGGUACUGAGAAGACAGAAAGAUGUAGUCGAAACAAAGAUAGAACAGAUCAAGGUUUUAGGACCCUUCGCUGUUCUGAUGGAUCAUAUGCGAGUGAUGAUUCCUUAUCAUCAUCUGCUUCUCAAUCUGCACGGAUUCCUUUGGAUUCUUCAGAUGGGGCUUAUGGUGAUACUAAAGUUGAUUUCUCCAAUGUGCGGAGCAUGCAAGGUAAAACUUUUGGAAAUGGUCAUAACAGUUCUUUAGAUAAUGGAUUCCAUAAGCAUGUGAGUCGUUGUAUAGCAGUAACUAAUGGAUCAUCUGCUGUGAGUAAUGGAAAACCAGGGGAGAGGGGCAAUAUUUCUGGCUAUGGUUCUCAUGAGAAACAAAUCUGGGUACAGAAAUCGAGUUCUUGUUCUUAGUGAAUUUUAAAAUGCAAAUCGCUUCGAUGAACAUCAAGCAUGCAUUUACCUUUUCUGGAGACGGUCUCAUUCUGUCAUGUAACCAAUGUUUCGGCCGCAGUGCGAAGUAGGGAAAGGGUGGUUCAGUUGCAGAUACCGUUGUAAUUAAUACUUGGAACAAAGAAAUCCAAUGUCAAUAAUAUUUGGUGGAUUGAAGAAAUCUGGAUCUUAGUCAAGGAUGGCUCAGAAUAUAAGGAACAAGAAACAGAGGGAAAAUAAAAGAUUAUCAUCACAGCUAGCUGCUGUGAUUUUGUUUUUCAACCGGAGGUUCUAUAUUUGAUUGGUUGAAAUUCUCCUUU